CAGCCACCUCUCCUCCAACUCCAACACCAAGCUCGCGCUGCCUCCCGUCGGUCACUGUUCACCUUUUCCCCGUAACAGGAAUAACUAGAUCUCUCUAAGUGGGAAGAGAGAGAAGAGCGUCCGCUGUCAUUGCUUUACUUUCACUCAAGAAGAAAGAAACAUCGCCAGAUUGGUAGAAGCAAAGACGCAGGAGGAGGAGGAAUUCAUAGUAGAUGCGUGCGCGUGGAUGAGGAUUCGGGGGUUGGCGAUGAGCGGCGGCAGGGAGGUGGCGAUCUCCGCCGUCUUCACGGCGCUCCUCGUCGUCUCCAUCCUCUUUCUCCCCUCGGUCCUGCUCACCAGCGGCAGGCUCGGCCCAUCGUCCGCCAAGGAGUGGCCGUUCCUCACGGCGGCCAAGGACGGCGGCGGCUACCCGGUGUCGUUCGCGUACCUCAUCUCUGCGUCGACGGGGGACGCGGAGCGAGCGACGAGGCUGCUGGCGGCGCUGUACCACCCGGCCAACAGCUACCUGCUGCACCUGGACCGCGAUGCCCCCGCCGAGGAGCACCGCCGGCUGGCUGAGCUGGUGUCCGGGCAGCCCGUGUACGGGCGCGUGGGGAACGUGUGGAUCGUCGGGAAGCCCAACCUCGUCACCUACCGCGGGCCGACCAUGCUGUCCACCACUCUCCACGCCAUGGCGGUGCUCCUCCGCGUCGGCCGCCGCUGGGACUGGUUCGUCAACCUCAGCGCCUCCGACUAUCCGCUCGUCACCCAGGACGAUUUGAUGGAGGCGUUCUCGCGGCUGCCGAGGGAUCUCAACUUCAUACAGCACACCAGCCACCUGGGCUGGAAGAUAAAGAAGCGGGCGCGGCCGGUGAUCCUGGACACGGCGCUGUACCAGGCCGACCGGUCGGAGCUCCUCCGCCCGUCGCCUAACAUCACCACCAACCGCCGGGGACUUCCCACCGCCUUCAAGCUCUUCACCGUGAUUGAUGGACGCACGCAUGUGCAUGCGCAGGGUCGGCGUGGACGAUGCUGUCGCGGCGCUUCGCGGAGUACUGCGUGGUGGGAUGGGACAACCUGGCGCGGACGCUGCUGCUCUACCACGCCAACCUCGUCUCCUCGCCGGAGUUCUACUUCCAGACGGUGGCCUGCAACUCCCGCGAGUUCCGGAACGCCACCGUCAACAGCGACCUGCAUUUCAUCCGGUGGGACACGCCGCCCAAGCAGCACCCGCUCUACCUCGGCCCCAAGGACUACCGCCGGAUGGUGCUCAGCAGCGCCGCCUUCGCCCGCAAGUUCAGGGACGGCGACUUCGUGCUCGACAGGAUCGACCGGGAGAUCCUCAAGCGCAGACCGCCGCCCCGCGACGACGACGACGUUGAUCACGAUGAUCACGCCGCCUCUGGCUCUGCUGCUAGGCACGGCGGGCAGUUCUUCAGCUACGGCGGGUGGUGCUCCGAGGGGGAGGUGGGGCUGUGCUCCAACCCCUGGGAACCCAGCAGGAAGGGGGCCAUCAAGCCCGGCGCUGGGUCAAGAAGGCUCAGGGUCAUUCUCAACAAGAUGUUGUCCGGAAGAAACUUCAGGAAGCAGCAGUGUAGGUGAUCCACCUUCUACAACGUCCACGUGGUCUAACUCUGAUGAUCCGAUCAAAUGUGUCAUGUACAUACAGAAAGAGAGAAAAGGGAUACCAUAGGCAAUUUUGGCUGAGAUGGUGCAAUCUCGCAGAGUAACACAGGACGUGUAACAAUAAUUCAUGGGCUAACACGAUUACAUAUUUGACAGGA